GAGAGAGAGAGAGAGGUAGAGGCAGAGGACAAGUGGGAGAAGAGCGGAGGCAGUGACUUUCAUUAACUCCAAAUGGGCUGCCUUGGCUUUUUUUCCCCUCUCAUCCUCAAUCUGUCUCUGUUUAUCUAGUCUUAAGGUCGGUCAAUCGGUCUUUAAAACCAAGUGUCUCAAGUUGAAUUUCGAAUCUCUGCAUAGAAACAGCCUGAGCCUAUACAAUGACAAUCGAUUGUGUUGCAAACGCAUCGAUGAUGAGAGGUCCCUCGUCGCCGCACCAGCAGCAGCAGCAACUACCGAUGUCUCCACCUAGCGAAGCAGAUAGAAAAGAUGAGCACCUGCAACAGCCUCUAGUCUUUGAUGCCGCAGUGCUUCGACAGCAGCCCAACAUACCUAAACAGUUCGUAUGGCCUGACGAUGAGAAACCCAGUGCUGAGAUACGAGAACUCCAUGUUCCGGUCAUCAACUUGGGUGGGUUUCUAUCUGGAGACCCAGUUGCAGCCAUGGAAGCAUCAACACUUGUUGGGAAGGCCUGCGAGAAACAUGGGUUCUUUCUUGUUGUUAACCAUGGCGUCGAUAAACGACUCAUUGCGGAUGCUCAUAGCUACAUGGACUUGUUCUUCGACAUGCCACUCCAUGGAAAACAGAGAGCUCAGAGGAAACCCGGCGAACACACUGGUUAUGCCAGUAGCUUCACUGGGAGGUUCUCUUCUAAGCUUCCAUGGAAAGAGACCCUCUCAUUCCGCUACUCUGCUGACGUACCAUCACCCACCAACAUAGUUGAAGAAUAUUUCCUCAACUUUUUGGGUGAACGAUUCCGACAAUUUGGGAGGGUGUACCAAGAGUAUUGUGAAGCGAUGAACAAGCUCUCACUGGGGAUCAUGGAGCUACUGGGGAUGAGCCUUGGGGUAGGAAAAAUCCAUUUCAGGGAGUUCUUCGAAGGGAAUGAUUCGAUAAUGAGGCUAAACUACUACCCACCAUGCCAAAAGCCACAUCUGACUCUGGGAACGGGACCUCACUGUGAUCCCACAUCCUUAACAAUCCUUCAUCAAGAUCAGGUCGGAGGUCUUCAGGUGUUUGUAGAGGAAGAGUGGCGUUGCAUAAGCCCCUGUUCUGAAGCAUUUGUGGUCAACAUUGGAGAUACUUUCAUGGCGCUAUCAAAUGGAAGGUACAAGAGCUGUUUGCAUAGAGCAGUAGUGAACAGAGAGAGACCAAGGAAGUCACUAGCGUUCUUCCUGUGCCCACAGACGGAGAAGGUGGUGAGGCCACCGAAUGGGUUGGUAGACAAGGAGCACCCAAGGCAAUACCCAGACUUCACAUGGUCAUCGCUGCUUGAGUUCACACAGAAGCAUUACAGAGCAGACAUGAAGACCCUAGCCGUCUUCUCAGAAUGGCUUCAACAGGAAGAGAACAAAUGAGUAGAGAGAGAGAGAGAGAGACUGACGGUCCCAGUCAGCUCUAAAUCGUCCUUUGUAUGAUUGAAAUAUUUCGUCGUCGUCGUCUUUGUAAACUGCCGAGGAAAGCGACUGCUUUGGCGUU